AUGGAAGAACAGAAGGAAAAUCAGCUAGAUUAUGAGUCAGAAAAGAUGGAAAUCUUAAGAUUGGCCCAAUCCAAGAAGAACAUUAUCAGUUUGAACAUGGACCUUGAAAAAGAUAUGCAGAGAAUUGAUGAGGCCAACCAGGAACUUCUUCUCAAAAUACAAGAAAAAGAAAAUGAAAUCCAGAGGCUGGAGCGUGAGAUCACCCAGACUAGAGACCCUGCAGAAGAUGAGGACUGGGAAAAGGAGAACUACGCUGUGAUGGAAAGAGAACGGGUUCUGCUGGAGCUGGAGGAAGAAACAGCCAGACUUGAGAGGAAGAAUGAGGCUCUGGUUCACAGCAUCUCAGAACUUCAGAGGAAGCUUGCAUGGAAAUCACAAAAGAUAGUCAAAUGUGAACAAGAUGAUCCAAAAAUAACCCAAGAAGAGUCCAAGGUCAAGUUACAACAGUUGGAAUCUUCCUGUGAAGACCAAGAAAAGAAACUUGGCAAGAUAAUGGAAGACUAUAUGUUUGUGUCUCAGCUCUGCGAAGAUCAAGCUCUCUGCAUAAAGAAGUACCAGGAAGCACUAAAGAGAAUAGAAGAAGAGCUAGAGACCGGAUUCCUUGAAAGAGAAGUAUCAAAAGUAUUAAGCAUGGAUUCUGCGAGAGAAAGGACUAACCGCCUAGCUAAUAAGGGUGGCUCCAUCGCCAAAAAGGCUUUAAGAUUCAGUAAAAGGGUUUUCCGCCCCCUCUUGUUUACCAUGCUGUUUUUCAUCAGACUGCUGGGUUACCUGAUCUUCCAUUUAAGCUUUAUAAACCCCGACCUCCUCAUCAACGCACUGCCCAAGAUCCUGAGCAGGGACGUCUUGUGGAAGCUGCGAUGCUUCCUCUUCCCGUCCCUCACACUUGAGACAGGAGACAUGUUACCGCACUGAUCCCAAGUGUCCAUAGGCAGCAGAAGGCAAGAGGGACACAGGCUUGGAGACAGGAGGUGGCGAAAUUGUGGAGGGUAGAGGUUUUCCUCAGUUCUCCCCCUGGUGCUGGCCUACUUGGUGAUCAUUUGUCUCCGUGUUACUUUUUCAAGAUUAGCCUUGCCCAGUAAAGAACUCUGUCAAUGAGUCUCUGGAUAAAUGGAUAAAAC